CGACCGGAAGCGCUGCUGCCGGGCGGAAGUACACUGACACACAUCGCUGCAGCCUGCGAGCACAACAUGAGAGGAUUUUACUUAAUGUUUCUCAACGAGGAUUAACACUUCGUGUUCGCAGUUUGGAGGAAACAUGGCGAACUUCUUCAGGAGAAGAAUCGCAGCGAAGCUGAGCAGGACCCUGCAGCAGCACGAGGACGUGUUCACUCCAGCCCUGUCAGCUGUUCCUGUCUUUAAGAAACAGAAGACGGCUGACUUCAAACUGUCCAUCAACGCUCUACGAGCCAGUGGAGUGUUACCGUCCAGUGGAGACGUUCAGCUGCAGGCGGAAGACUUGGCCGCUCAGCUGAAGCAGGACAGCGUGGUGGAAAACAUCUCUGCUGAUCGAGGCAUGAUAAACUUCACAGUCAAUCGCAGGCUCUUUGUGGAGAAAAUGUUGGAGCCGUUAGAAAAUCAGGACGAUACCAAGUUUGGGUUAAAUAGUGAACUUUUUAAUAAUCUCAAGAGAGGAACAACAUUAGUGGAAUACAGCUCUCCUAAUAUCGCCAAAAAAUUCCAUGCUGGACACUUGCGGUCGACAAUUAUUGGUAACUUCAUCGCCAACCUGAAGCAGACCCUCGGAAACAACGUCAUUCGAAUGAACUACCUUGGGGACUGGGGAAUGCAGUUUGGUUUGCUCGGAGCUGGGUUUGCACAGUUUGGAUCUCAGGAGAAAUUAAAACAGAAUCCACUGCAGCAUUUGUUCGAGGUGUAUGUCCAAGUGAACAAAGAAGCAGAGCAUAGUGAGGAAGUGAAGCAGAACGCCAGAGACUUCUUUAGACAGCUGGAGCAGCAUGACGUCCACGCCGUGUCCUUGUGGCAACAGUUCAGAGACAUCACAGUGAGCGAGUAUCAACACAUUUACAAGCGGUUAGGCGUCCACUUUGAUAUUUACUCCGGGGAGUCAGAGCACCAAGGCCAGGCCCAGGAAGUGGUGCAGCAGCUGCGGAGUGGAGGCCUGUUGAAAACCUCAGAGAAGGGAACUGGUGUAGUGGAUCUUUCCCCUGAUGGAGACGGGAGCAGCGUCUGCACGGUGCUCCGCAGCGACGGCACAACGCUCUACAUCACCAGAGAUUUGGCUGCAGCUGUUGACCGAAAACAGAAGUACCACUUUGAUGAGAUGAUUUAUGUGACGGAUAAAAGUCAAGCGACUCACUUCCAGCAGUUGUUCCAGAUUCUUCUCGCCAUGGGUCAUCCUUGGGCGGAGAGCUGUCAGCACGUUUCCUUCGGCCUGGUGCGGGGGAUGAAGACCAGGACCGGUGAGGUGGUGUUUCUGGAGGACGUGCUGGACGAAGCCCGGACCAGGAUGUUACACAACAUGAGCCAAUCAAAAACAACGAAGGAACUGGACGACCCAGAGGACACGGCAGAGAAAGUGGGAAUCAGUGCCCUGAUCAUUCAGGACUUUAAAGGUCCCCUGUACUCCGACUACAACUUCGACUGGGACAGGAUGCUGCAGGCACAGGGAGACACAGGCGUCUUCCUCCAAUACACACAUGCUCGACUCUGCAGUUUAAUACGGAGGAAUAUAGAAAUGAAUGCUGCGACGUUCGACCCGUCUCUUCUCCUCGAGCAGUCGAGUGUGACCGUCCUGCAGCACCUCCUUCGUUAUGACGAGGUGUUGUAUCAGUCCGCCCAGGAUCUCCAACCCAAACAUCUUGUCAACUUCCUAUUGAAGCUGUGUCACCUGAUCGCCACGGCACACAGGGAGCUGCCGGUGAAGGGAAGCCCUCAGGAAGUUGCACAGGCGAGAUUACGUCUGUUCAGCAGAUCCUGCUCAGUCCUGGCCAACGGGAUGAGGAUCCUCGGCAUCACGCCGGUUGAUAAAAUGUGAAAUUCAAAGUAUGUCAAACCAUAACCAAUGUUAUUUCACUGCUGCAAGUGGCUGUAGAUAAACUGUACUGUAAAUAAGAGCCUCAUCUAUUAAAAUAAUCUUUUUAAAAAUUGAA